GCCCUCGGCUCGCCGCCGAACUUCACCAUGCAGGCAGACAGCGCAACACCACGGUCGAUCGAGAGGACCGCCGGGCGCAUCCUGGACGCGAUGACAAGCCGGGAGUUCGGGGAUCCCCGGUCUGCGGGCCCCAAGAUCCUGGGCGAGCGGGGCGGCUCGGAGCCCAUCGCCGGCGCGGACAACUUCGACGCCCGCCGCCUGGAGAACGCCGUGUGGCGCAUGUGGCGCAAGGAGCGCUCUCAGUCCGACCUGUCCCAGGGGUCGUCGCCCACGAGCGACGUCGGCGAGAUGGACGACGAUUUUCUGGUCAAGGUGCAGAACACCAUCGGUCACCGCAUCAAUUUCCCGGACAUCCGUUACCCGCAGUCGGGCCUGCAGUGCGAGUACGACGACCUGCCCACGUUUCCGAUCCGCCCCAACUUCGCGAACUUCAAGACCCAGCUGAGGCCGGGCUCCGAGUGCGUCGUCUUCGACGGGUGCCCCGACGACCCGUACCAUCCCUCGAACACGCCCAUCUACCAGACGGCCACCUUUGUGCAGCCGUCCGCGAGCGAGUUUGGGGCCUACGACUACACGAGGUCGGGCAACCCAACCCGGACCGCGCUGGAGAAGCACGUCGCGAUGCUUGAGCAGGCUGCCGCGGCGUUCGCCUUCGCGUCGGGCAUGGCGGCCCUGCACACCGUCACGAGGCCUGCGGUCGCCUGGCCGUCGCAAGUGCUGUGCAACGAGGACAUCUACGGAGGGAUGCACCGGCUGCUCACCCAGGACUGCUGCCACAACGGCGUCAAGGUGACCUUCGUGGACACCACGGACCCUGAAUCGGUCCGGAAGGCCAUUACACCAAGCACCAAGAUGAUUCACCUGGAGUCGCCGUCCAACCCGCGCAUGCGCAUCACCGACAUUAGGGCCAUCGUUGCCGUGGCACACGAGCGCAACGUGCUGGUCAGCGUGGACAGCACCAUGAUGCCCCCUGUGAUCUGCAAGCCCUUGACCCUGGGGGUGGACAUUGUGGUGCACUCUGCGACGAAGUUCUUCUCCGGCCAUGCCGACUGCACUGGUGGGCUCGUGUGCGUUCGUGACCCAGAGCUUGCACACCGGGUGGCCUUCUUGCAGAACGCCGAGGGUACAGCGCUCGCACCGUUCGAGUGUUUCCUCUUCCUGCGGGGCAUGAAGACCAUGUUCCUGCGAGUGCAGAGGGCUCAGGAGAGCGCGGUUCAGGUGUGCAACUUCCUCAGAAAGCACCCGCUCAUCAAGCAGGUACUCUUCCCCGGCGUCGGCGGCUGCGAUGCGAAGAGUCUUGCGAUUCAUCGCUCGCAGAGCACAGGGCCAGGUGCAGUGAUGAGCUUCACCACUGGGGACAUCGAGCUCUCCAGGAAGCUCAUCGACGCGUGCAAGAUAUUCAAGACCACGGUCUCGUUUGGGAGCGUGAACAGCCUGUGCGAGAUGCCCUGCACGAUGAGCCACGCCUCCAUCCCCUCCGAGAAGCGUUCGCUGCCGGCCGACCUCGUCCGCCUCUCCAUCGGCAUCGAGGACCCCCGCGACCUGCUGGUCGACCUGGCUCAGGCCCUUGAGGUGGCCUCAGGCAACAAGCAGCUCCUCAAAUUCCAGCCGUACGACAGCAGGUUCGAGGACCUUCCGGUCGUGCCUCAGCCGUCGCCAGACCUGCGGCCGCUGGCGUUGCCCACGUCCGCCGCCACGGAGGUCUCGACGAAGGUGCCCUCCUCGAGGGGUCUCCAGGGCUCCGACGCCGAGUCCAGCUCGCAGGGCUCCUGCGCGGGCGAGCCGAUGCCCGGGUGCGGGAAGGCAGCGGCCGCCGUGCCCGCCGCGCUGGCGGCCCAGCUUCCCGCCGCGGCGGGCGGCUUUGCGCUGGCGAUGGUGCUGAUGGGGCUGGUGACGUGGGGGACGUCGCUGAGGAGGCAGACAGUUCGUUGAUCGGCGCCCCAGGUACAAGGAGGGGGACGAGGAGGAGGGAGAGGUGGGGGAGAAAGAGCAGGAUUGCGGCCUGGGUGAAUCGUGUGACCUGCCAAUAGUGGACUGCGGGGUGAAUUGCGACAGCAGCUUGCGGUGCCUACUACAGCGGUCAGAGUCUUGUCCCGGCGUUGGAUCGGGAAAGGCUAACUUCAACCCCCGAUGUUGGCGUCUGCGUCAGUCUCGCCCCAGCUUUUGCCCCGGGCCUCUGCGCAGGAGCAGGACCGAGUCGCCUCCCACUCUCUCGACUUGCAGCUGCUCGGAGUCCCCCUCACUUCGCCUCUUCUCUGGCAGGCCUCAAUCCCUUCUGGGCUAGAUGGCAAGACGCCGCUAGUUUUUAAGCCAGGUCCUUUGUGCCGCCCUGCUUCCCACAGGCAAGCACCCCUUUUCUACAGUGUCAGCGGCGCGGGCGGCCACCGCGGCCCCCAUGCAAAGGCCCCGAGAGUCCUUUCUCCACCUCCCGACCUUACCGUCCUCCUGUUUAUUACGGGUGCCCAUCGUAUGUGUCUACUGCUUCUCCACCGCACCUCUCCGCCGAAUGGGUCGCCCCUCUUUUGCCUGACCCGACUCCGGCUUGCCACGAGGGUAGGAUGUGUACUAGCACCAGCGCUGCCGUCAGCGCAGCUCGAGCCAUGUCUCCAUCUCGAGCAAGGCAGUCAGCCCAAGGGGACACAUGUGGUCAUUCGCGUGGGGUGACCUGCACCUCAUGUGUGCUCUGGGCUUUGCGCCUUAAUACCUGCGCAGGUGGCCCGGGAUAGAAUCCCGAGCCCGCUGCGAACGGAACCAUCGCGGGUUGGAGGUGGUUGUUGUCUUCCGUCUGGCGAGCACGGAGCAGCCCAGACGAUGGGUCUGCCGACCAGCCACGCAUCGCAGGCGAGUUUACCGGUGUAUGCGUGAGGCUUGCUCUAAUACCCAUAUUCUCUGCCAGAGCCGUGCUCUGAGGCCUGCCUGUCGCACGCGCGUCUGCGUGAGGCAUGCGUUCCGCAUACGUAUGAGGCUUCCUUCUAGCGCGCGCGAAUGCGUGAGACUCACCUAGUCUCUGCUAUACUUUAGUGGGGUUCGCACUCGUCGAGUGUACAGCGGCAGCGGCCAUCCGCUCUGACUGACCUGUCCUGCAUCUGCUGACGGGACGCACGCACCUCGAAUUGAAUGCCAGAUGUCGACCUGGACAACUUCCCAGGGAAGCGCAUUCGGACGAUAAUCAAUGUGUUUUCCGAGCGUCCGAUGGCGCGACGUUCUAUUUCUCCUGCUCUUGUUGCCACGCGACACUUCUCAACUUUCCCAACAGCCACUUUCCCUCUCCUGCGCACGCUGCCGUCGAGUUCGAAGUGAACCCCCCCAGGGGGAGGAGGUUCCAACGCUUAGAAAUAAGACGGGGCCAUUGGGGACAGCCUGGUGAAGCGAAAGGGGGAUGGGGGCACCGCAGAGAGUACAUAUGAUUUUUAGUCCGCUCAGGUAGAUCCGGCGUGCCCUUUGCAUUUGGUGCAGUCCGCUGCACGGCACGGCCACGUCCUCCGUCCAUGUCUCUGUCAUCCGCCCAAGCGAGGCGUUAGCUCCUCCCCCCCUCCUCGUUGUCCCCUUCAUCCUCCUCGUUGUCCCCGUCAUCCUCGUUGUCCCCCACCCGACCGCGUGGGCUCGCUGUCGCUUCUCCUCCUCCUUCGUGCGCCCCUCGCACUGCACGUGCGGGAGGAGGAGCCAGAGCAGGCCCUGCCCCUUCGCGCCGCGCCGCAGUGGGCCGAUCUUCCGGCCCUCGUCUGCCCGGGUCCAGAAGCAGAGCCGCUGGCAGCACGGAGGCACGAGACA